UGAAUUUAUAAAAAUCGAGGAGAUUGAAUUGACCGGGGCUGUUUUUAAAGGUGACGAUUUGACUAGCACCCAUUCAGAGUAGUCGAAUAAACCAGUAACCGCUCUGGCAUCAGGAAGCCAGGUCAGAAAAAUUUUGUUCAUCAGAAUUUAAGAUUGAUCAACAUGGCCAAUCGACUAAAAGAAUGGAAAUUAGACUGUAAAGUUUACAUAGGUGAUCUGGGCUAUGGCGCAGCCAAACAAGAACUAGAAGAUGUGUUUUCGAGAUAUGGACCAAUCAGAAAUGUUUGGGUUGCUAGAAACCCACCAGGCUUUGCCUUUGUAGAAUUCCAAGAUCCCAGAGAUGCAGAAGAUGCAACAAAGGCACUUGAUGGAACGAGAGUAAAUGGCAGGAGAGUAAGGGUUGAAAUGUCAUCAGGAAAAUCACGCUGGGGAUCUAGAGGUCCUCCCACACGCCGUGGGGGAGGGGGAAGAGGCAGCAGAGACGAUCGUCGAAGAUCUAGAUCACCAUCACCUAGAAGAAGGAGUCCAUUUUCCCCAAGAAGAAGAAGCCCCUCUCCAAGAAGGAGGAGCAGAAGCAGAAGUCGCUCAAGAUCUCCCUCCUACAGAAGGUCCCGAUCUCCAUACGAAAGAAGAUAAACAGAAAAGAUUAGCAACAAGAUUCAGUAGCCCAAGUGUACUUGCAAAGUUCACUGUGAAGUUCAUGUGACUAAAGAGUGGAAAAUUUUAUCUUAACACUGGCUGUUUUAUAUUUUUUAAUCCAUAUCAUUCAUCAUGAUUUUAAUUGGAUACACAUACUGCUGUGUCUGUCAACAACAUGUUCCACGAACACUUGGAAACAUCAACAUUAUGGCCUCUUGUCAUGUGCAUUUUAUGAUGUAAGAUAAUGAAAUAUGUAUAUAUAUUAUAUAACUGUUUUUACAUACCUACAGAUGUUGUUGAAAAAUAAAACUCGAAACUAU